AUGGACACAGACAAGGGUGCAGAGAAUAAUGCUAACAAUCCCAUGGCCAUGGAAACCGAACCCAACACCCCAAGAAAAGACACCUUGCUGCUCUCGUGCUCCGGCAACCCUCUUCUGGUCUCCAACCCCGGCAAAUGCCUUUCCAACGCCGGCAAGAAGUACGUGAGGCAGGUCAUCGGCCGCCACAACGACACCGAGCUCCACCUCGCGGCACGGCGGGGCGACGCCGUGGCCGUGAGGGAGAUUCUUAACCUGAUCAAUGACCAGAUGGUGGGGACGCUGAGCGGCGCUGAUUUCGAUGCCGAGGUUGCGGCGAUAAGGUCGGCCAUCGUGAAUGAUGUGAAUCAGUUGGGAGAGACUGCGUUGUUCAUUGCCGCUGAUAGAGGCCACCUUGAUGUUGUCAACGAUAUUCUAAACUAUGCUUCUUCCGAAGGGGUUUCGUUGAAGAAUGAUCUAGGGUUUGAUCCCUUGCAUGUUGCUGCUAGCCGUGGUCACCUAUCUAUUGUUCAGUUGCUGCUAGACCGUGAUCCGGGGCUGAUCAAGACAUGUUCCCUAUCAAAAACAACCCCUCUAAUAUCUGCAGCUACAAGAGGACAUACGAGUGUUGUUAAACUUUUGUUGUCACGCGACCCUAGUCAACUGGAACUAUCUAGAUCCAACGGAAAGAAUGCACUUCAUUUGGCUGCUCGCCAAGGACAUGUCGAUGUUGUAACAUUAUUGCUCGCCAGGGAUCCACAACUUGCUAGAAGAACUGAUAAGAAAAGGCAAACUGCACUGCAUAUGGCAGUGAAGGGAGUGAGUUGUGAAACGGUGAAGUUGAUUCUUAACACUGAUGCAGCAAUUGUCAUGCUGCCAGACAAGUUUGGCAACACUGCAUUACACAUAGCCACAAGGAAAAAGAGGGUAGAGAUAGUGAAAGUGCUAUUACUUCUUUUAGACACCAACGUGAACGCCUUAACAAGGGACCACAAAACAGCUCUUGAUAUUGCCCAAUCCCUUCCAGCAUCUGAAGAAAUCCUAUACAUAAAAGAUUUCCUAGUUCGUUACGGUGCAGUUAAUGCCAACAAUCUCAACCAGCCGAAGGAUGAACUCAUCAGGAACACCGUGACACAAAUCAGAAAGGACGUUCGCACGCAGCUUGAACAAACUCGGAAAACAAACAGGAAUGUAAACGGAAUCGCCAAAGAGCUGCGCAAGUUGCAAAGAGCAGGUAUCAACAAUGCCACCAACACAGUAACGGUGGUUGCGGUUCUCUUUGCCACGCUUGCAUUUGCUGCCAUCUUCAGUGUUCCCGGUGGUGAUUCUGAUAGCGGGGUGGCAGUGAUGGUAGGCACGAUGGCCUUUGAUAUCUUCUUCAUUUCAAAUUCCGCUGCGCUUUUUACUUCACUGGCUGUUGUGGUGGUUCAAAUCACACUUGUGAGAGGGAGAACGAAGUCUGAGAUGAGGGUUAUGAAGGUGAUCAACAAGAUGAUGUGGUUGGCGUCAAUAUGCACCACUGUUGCAUUCGCUUCAGCGUCUUAUAUAGUGAUUGGUAGGCAUCACAAGUGGGCUGCAAUACUUGUCACUGUUGUUGGGGCAGUUACAAUGGUUAGUGUUCUUGGUACUAUGACGUACUAUGUGCUUAAGAAUAAACAUAGAGGGUGGAAGAAAAAUAAGAACACGUUCUUGGGCGGAACAAACUCCGGGUCAGAAACUGAUGUAGAAGUAAAGCCAAUUUAUGCCAUUUGAUGAUGCGUCCAGCUUUAAAGUGAAGUUUGAUGUUUUUAUGCUUGCUUUUGGAGAUUCAAAAGGCAUUGAGGAACAAUUAAAGUCAAACACUUGGAUCCCAAAGUAAGUGUCUGUGUAUUUGUAUGAAUGGCGUUUCAAGGGGGAGUAAUCAACAAAGCAUCCAAAUUCGUUGGAAUGAGGCUUUAGGAUGGGAGGCUAAUUCGUUAAUUUAUGCUGACAUUCCUACAUUGCAGGGGUGCUGAAUUAGAAAGGGAAACUAUAGUGUACAGUUGGUAUGCUCACCCUUUGUAAUUGGAGGGCUAUACACGAUGAAGUUGUGUCAGAAAUUGAAAUUAAGUCAUUAGUCAUCACCGACUUUUUUUAGUAGGUACAUGUUUCACAAAAUUUCUUAAAUGAUU